CCACCCCCAAAAGUUGACAUUUCUGACUGCACACAGAAGCAGGCGGCGUUAUUUGUGGGAGUAGUGAUCGGUUUGCUCAGGAAAGGUUUUGUUCUGUAGUGGUGGGGGUGUAAUGCGAGCCCCCCGGCAACAGUUUUCGUUGUAGCUGUGAUUUUACAUAAGUGUCGAAGCAAAGGGUAUCAUCUACUUCCAGUUCAGAGGGGUGAGGAGCGGCUGGUCAGCAAAGAAUCGGAGGCGGAGGCGUGUGGUGUUGAUGUCGGCCCGGGACUGCCGUUAAUCCGCUGGAAGGAACCGAGCCGAUGAAGGGGAGUGGCGGUGGCAGUGAAUGAGCGGAGCUGGAGGCGGCGCGAUGCGGGAGCUCGGCCGCUGUCAGCCGGGACCCGGGCCGGGACCACUGCUGCGGUUCCUGGGCCACCGGGAGCUGAGCGGCGACCGUUUCCUCAAGGAAGGCUUCCAGCGCCAGCGGCUGUCGGGCUGCAGGAACCUCUUCAAGAAGGACCUGCUUGGCCACUUCGGCUGCGUCAACGCCAUCGAGUUCAGCGGCGGCGCUGGCGAGCUGCUGGUGUCCGGUGGAGAUGAUCGCCGCGUAUUGUUGUGGCACGUUGAUAAAGCUAUUCAUUCUAAAGCUAAGCCUACCCAAUUGAAAGGUGAACAUCUAUCCAACAUUUUCUGCUUGGCAUUUGACAGCACAAAUACCCAUCUGUUUUCUGGAGGAAAUGAUGAGCAAGUGAUUGUUCAUGAUGUUGAAAGCACUGAAAUUGUGAAUGUUUUCCCACAUGAUGAUGCUGUAUAUGGCCUUUCUGUGAGUCCUGUGAAUGAUAAUGUGUUUGCCAGUUCAUCUGACGAUGGCAGAGUUCUUAUCUGGGAUAUACGGGACUGCCACGGAGAACCUUUUUGUUUGGCAAAUUACCCUUCAGCCUUUCACAGUGUGAUGUUUAAUCCUGUGGAACCCAGACUCUUGGCCACUGCAAAUUCCAAAGAAGGAGUGGGUCUUUGGGACAUCCGUAAGCCGCGAAGUUCAUUGCUUCGUUAUGGUGGGAAACUUCCCAUGCAAAGUGCCAUGAGUGUCCGCUUCAACAGCAGUGGGACCCAGCUACUAGCGCUGCGGCGUCGCCUGCCUCCAGUGUUAUAUGACAUUCACUCACCACAGUCCGUAUUUGAGUUCGAUAACCAAGGCUAUUUUAAUUCUUGCACCAUGAAGAGCUGUUGCUUUGCAGGAGACCGCGAUCAAUUUGUCCUUUCUGGCUCAGAUGACUUCAAUCUUUACAUGUGGCGUAUUCCUUCAAGUUUAGAGACAGGUGGCCCUGCCAGAAUUGUAAACGGUGCAUUCAUGGUGCUUAAAGGUCAUCGAUCCAUUGUAAAUCAAGUACGCUUCAACCCCCAUUCGUACAUGAUCUGCUCAUCAGGAGUGGAAAAGAUUAUCAAGGUGUGGAGUCCAUAUCUCCAACCAGAUUGUGCUGGCGACCUAGAAGGAGAGGUGGAAGAUGAUACCCGUAAUCUUUAUACUCAUGAAGAAUACAUCAGCUUGGUCUUAAACAGCGGAAGUGGCCUAUCUCAUGAUUAUGCCAACCAGUCGGUUCAAGAAGAUCCAAGAAUGAUGGCUUUUUUUGAUUCUCUUGUACGGCGAGAAAUUGAGGGCUGGAGUUCAGAUUCUGACAGUGACCUUAGUGAGAGUACAAUUCUUCAGCUACAUGCAGGGACCAGUGAACGAUCAGGAUAUAGUGAUUCUGAAUCUUCUGCCUCCUUGCCAUUAACACCUCAGCAAGGUGAUGAUUCUGACGAGGCAACCUACACACUGGACCGACAGAAGCCUUCCAACUCCUCCACAACCAGGGAAGACUUACAGUCUCGUCAACAAAGAUUGUCUGCACUCAGACGCUAUCAAGAUGAGCGACUUCUAACUCUUUCUAAUGACUCUGAUUCCUCAGAAAACAACUUUAAUCAAGUAACUACAGGUUCAGAUACAGAUCCUGUGACAAGGCCUCGAUCUCCAAGUCCAGAGGCAAAUGAUUCCAGUAGUUCCAGUAGCAAUGGCAGGAGGCGUGCGUCUACACGCCAAAGAAAUGCUUUAAGGGCUAAGCAAAAACUCCACAGAGAAAAGAAGAAUACUCCACAGUUCAAAGUAAAACAAGAUAAUACUGAUGAUAAUGCCAAUUAUUCUCGAUUGCAUAAGGGUGACCAUUCUUCAUCAGCUUCAUCUUCACCGGAAAGGAGCAGUGCAGAGUUUGAAAAUAAUAGAGGAAGGAUAUCUCCUUACUCAGAUAGUGAGUCUGAGGUUAGAAAGGUUUAUAAAGCCUACAGCAAAAUACAAAGUACAUUCAGGUCACAAUUGAAAUCAAAAGGAGGUUCCAUGACCUUUUUGUCUGUGAGUGAUGUUGCACACACGAAUGAGAAAGGCAGCUCAUUAGGUAUGUUACCCCAAGAAAGUGAUGCUACAAGGAAAAGUACAACAGGAUGUCAUCAGAGAUUUAGAGUAGAAAGAUAUUUAGAUGACUAUAAAGGGGAAAGCAGCACAUCUCUACAAGCGAAGAGUAAGCAUCCAGCCCUGCUUAUUCAUGAAAGCAAUACUUUAUCAACUUCAAAGGAAAUGAUGUCUGGAGAGCAGGAACAUGUUGUAGAAGAUGUCCCAAGUAGCUACACUGAGCACUACUAUGAGGCCAAAAAGGUUAAUGGGAAAUCUGUCCUUGUGGGCAAUAACAGUAACCUGACUAACCAGUGUCAAGCAUUUGGCAACCAAACACAAGAACUGUGUGAUCACGCAGAGGCACUGGAAUGUGCAAAUGCCCAACAUGUACUGCAGGUACCCAGUGAUGAAUCUGGUCAGGAAUUCAUUAGAUCUGCAACCUCUCAAACAACUCCUUUUCCUGAAAUUCAUAUAACUGGAACACAAAGUAAUUUUGACGAAUGGUGCAGAGACCAUGUUGAUAAAUCCAAAGCCAGGACUUGUGAUGUGGAAGAAUCCUGUUCAGAGGCACCCUGCAAUGUUCACAACAAUGGGCUAUUUGAUAAGCAAUACACAAACCAGCAGGAAGAUUCAGUGAAUGCAUCCAAGUCUGAACCUGGUGACUGUGUACAGGUAGCCUCAUUGCACCACAAAGAAGAGUGUUCCCAGUCUGGGCUGAAUGACCAUUCAGAAUGUACUAAGAAUGGCAUGGCAGCCAAACGAAACAUUUUUGAUUGUCCCCAAGGGGCUUUGUCAUCAGCAGCGACUGACCAGUCUUCAGGAGGGUUAAAAAGGCUGCGAAAAGAAUUAGAUCCUGAGUUUUCACCAACUGAGAAGAAACAGAAGACAUGAUUUGCACUUGUCCCAGCCAGUGCUUUGCGAUAUCACUGAAAGCAUUUAUCUCGAACUCAACAAACCAUUGGUCUGUAAACGAGUGAGAAUUUUUGUUAACAAUUAUGUAAAUAAUUCAAUUUCUUGAAGAAAUGCUAAUACAGAAAUUUUUAGAAUGUGUAUGAUAAUGGUAUAUAAAAUACAAAUUAUUUGGAGUGAUUCUAACUUUGGAUUCAAAUAUCCAUUUUGGCCCAAAGGGUUUGUAAUUUUUCUGUUAAGUAUUCAUUAUGCCAAGCAAGGGUUAGUGGUGCAUUUGGUGUAUCAAAUUGUAUUGGAUUGUAUUGUUACAAAGCUUUCCCUCAUAUCCACUAGGAAAAGAUGAGCAAAUUGGUACAUGUGGGCAGAUACUGAAUUUAAAAUAUUGAAGCCCAUAGAAUAACAAUUGAACAAAUGAGUUUUUGAAGUCUAACACUUUAUAGUUGGAGGGUUUUUUUGUUUUUAUCUUAAAUUACUACCUUUUGUAUGGUAGCCUUUUAUUCAUGAGAGGAGUGAACAGUUUGGCUCGAGAAAAAUGUUUAGAUGUUGAUUAUAUACAUGGAACACAGUGAUCUGCUGAAGGAAAGUUAGACAUGCUGUGAUCAGGAAUAAAGUUUUGUGUUUUAAUUUCUUCAGGACAAUUAUUUGAAGCACAACACUUCUGCACAGUGGGCACCUGAUUAGCUAUCACUUUCUUUAACUGUUGAGAAAAAUAAAUAUUGCCAUUCACAA